AUGAGCGACGACUUUGUUCGCCUCGUAUCACAGGCAAACCCCGCCUCGCGCCAGAAGUAUCAGCCCGCGAACUCCGGAUAUCCUCCCGCUUCUUCCCCUAACACCGGCCAGGCUCUCGACCCUUUCUUCGAUGACGAGGACGAACCCGACUCUGCCUUUGGUCGCUCGCCCGCGAUGGCCUCCAAGGAAAGCGGCCUCCCUCUUGCGCGCUCGGCCGCGCCGCUAGCUGGCCACUCUCAGCUCUCUAUUCCCCAGACAAUCCAACCCGACCAGUGGUCCUUCGACGACGACCAGCCGGGCGCGAAGCCCUUCCAAGGCUCUGCCUCCUUUCCCGGCCCCUCCUCCGCUACGCGCACCCACGCGCGUAAACCGUCGCGUUCGUUCGCAAAGUCGCUCAAGUCGCUCAAAUGGCCAUGGCAGAAGAAGGAGCAGGUUCUGACCGGUACCCGCGACGUCGCCCUCAAUAACCCUGACGCCAACGCGAACUUCUGCAACAACUACGUUUCCACCUCCAAAUACAACGUCGCUACCUUCGUCCCCAAAUUCCUCUUCGAGCAAUUCUCGAAAUAUGCCAACCUCUUCUUCCUUUUCACCGCCCUCAUUCAACAAAUACCGGAUGUUUCUCCCACCAACCGUUAUACUACCAUUGCUCCGCUCUCCGUUGUACUUCUAGCGUCGGCAUUCAAGGAAACGCAGGAGGACCUGAAACGGCACCAAUCAGACUCGGAACUAAACUCGCGCCUCGCGAAAGUGCUGCAAUCGGAUGGAACGUUUGCGGACAAGAAAUGGAAGGACAUUAUGGUCGGAGAUGUGAUUCGUAUGGAGAGCGAUGACUUCAUCCCCGCAGACGUCCUCUUGAUCGCGUCCAGUGAGCCCGAGGGUUUCUGCUAUAUUGAGACAUCAAACUUGGAUGGCGAAACGAAUCUGAAGAUCAAGCAGGCCUCACCACAAACGUCCAGCCUCACUGCGCCGCACCUCGUGACUCAGCUGCACGGCACGUUGAGGUCUGAACAUCCGAACAAUUCGCUUUACACUUACGAAGGCACCAUCGACCUCGUAACUGCUGGUGGAGUCCCAAAACAAAUCCCGCUCGGUCCAGACCAGCUCCUUCUCCGAGGCGCGCAGAUCAGGAAUACGCCAUGGGCGUACGGAUUGGUUGUCUUCACGGGACAUGAGACGAAGUUGAUGCGGAAUGCAACUGCUGCUCCCAUCAAACGUACUUCCGUCGAACGUCAGGUAAACGUGCACAUCAUCUUCCUGUUCCUAUUCCUUCUGGCCCUGUCCCUUGGUUCCACCAUUGGAAGCAGUAUCCGUACUUGGUUUUUCUCGGGCCAACAAUGGUAUUUACUUGAAUCUUCGACAAUUUCCGGGCGGGCGAAGGGCUUCAUUGAAGACAUCCUCACGUUCAUCAUUCUCUACAACAACCUCAUCCCUAUUUCGCUCAUCGUCACCAUGGAAGUCGUCAAGUUCCAGCAGGCCCAGCUGAUCAACUCCGACCUGGACAUGUACUACGCUAAGACGGACACCCCGGCGCUAUGCCGUACUUCCUCCCUUGUCGAGGAGCUCGGCCAGAUUGAGUAUGUUUUCUCCGACAAAACCGGAACACUUACCUGCAAUGAGAUGGAAUUCCGCUUCUGUUCAAUUGGAGGUGUCGCCUACGCCGACGUCGUUGACGAGAGCCACCGCGGAGACGGCGACGACGACAAGGAGGCAUGGCGCUCCUUUGCAGACCUGCGAGCCAUGGUCUCGGGCGGCGCCAACCCGUUCGUGGACGUCGGCACAAGCGUAGACCCCCAGGUUGCGGUCGCGAACGAAUUCCUAACCCUCCUUGCUGUCUGUCACACCGUCAUCCCUGAGAUUCACGAGGGCAAGAUGCGCUACCAGGCGUCGAGCCCUGACGAGGCCGCGCUUGUCUCCGGGGCCGAGUUGCUUGGAUAUCAGUUCCACACCCGCAAGCCGAAGUCAGUCUUUGUCAACAUCCACGGGCAGGCGCAGGAGUUUGAAAUUCUCAACGUCUGCGAGUUCAACUCUACCCGGAAGCGCAUGUCCACUGUAGUCCGCUGUUCGGAUGGCAAGAUCAAGCUCUUCUGCAAGGGCGCGGAUACCGUCAUUCUCGAGCGUCUCUCUGAGGGGCAACCGUUCACUGAGAAAACACUGAUUCAUCUUGAGGAUUACGCCACUGACGGUUUCCGUACGCUGUGCAUCGCGUACCGCGACAUCCCUGAGGCCGAAUACAAGCAGUGGGUGACGAUCUAUGACCAAGCCGCGGCAACAAUCAAUGGCCGUGGUGAUGCGCUCGAUAAGGCCGCAGAACUCAUUGAGCGUGACAUGUUCCUACUCGGUGCGACCGCGAUUGAGGACAAACUGCAGGACGGUGUCCCAGACACUAUCCACACGCUUCAGAUGGCCGGUAUCAAGGUAUGGGUCCUCACGGGCGACAGGCAAGAAACUGCAAUCAACAUUGGCAUGUCAUGCAGGUUGAUCUCUGAGUCCAUGAACAUGGUUAUCGUCAACGAAGAAACCGCCCAUGAGACAGAAGCGUUCCUCAGCAAGCGUUUGAACGCGAUCAAGAGCCAACGCAACUCCGAGGGUGACCAGGAAGAUCUAGCGCUCAUCAUCGAUGGCAAGAGUCUCGCUUUCGCGCUUGAGAAAGAUAUUUCGAAGAUUUUCCUCGAGCUCGCCAUUCUUUGCAAAGCUGUUAUCUGCUGUCGUGUCUCUCCGCUCCAGAAGGCACUUGUCGUGAAGCUCGUCAAGAAGAACCAGAAAGCUAUCCUGUUGGCGAUCGGCGAUGGUGCUAACGACGUCAGUAUGAUCCAAGCAGCGCACGUUGGCGUCGGUAUAUCUGGCGUUGAAGGUCUGCAAGCUGCUCGUGCUGCGGAUGUGGCCAUCUCGCAGUUCCGCUUCCUCAAGAAGCUCUUGCUCGUCCAUGGAUCGUGGAGCUACACCCGUCUGUCCAAGCUUUUGCUAUACUCCUUCUACAAGAACAUUGUGUUAUACAUGACGCAGUUUUGGUUCUCAUUCUUCAACAACUUCUCCGGCCAAAUUGCCUACGAGUCGUGGACACUUUCGUUGUACAACGUCGUCUUCACCGUACUCCCGCCACUCGUCAUCGGUGUCUUCGACCAGUUCGUCUCGGCCCGUAUCCUCGAUCGGUACCCCCAACUGUACAUGCUCGGUCAGCGCAAUGCGUUCUUCACGCGUACGCAGUUCUGGCUCUGGGUUGGCAAUGCGUUGUUCCACAGUGUUAUCACAUUUGGCUUCUCCAUCAUCCUCUUCUGGGGCGACCUCAAGCAAGCUACCGGAUACGACUCAGGUCAUUGGUUCUGGGGAACGAUGUUGUACCUUGCCGUCCUCCUGACGGUCCUCGGCAAAGCUGCAUUGAUAUCUGACUUGUGGACCAAGUACACUGUCGCCGCAAUUCCUGGUUCCUUCAUUUUCACGAUGGCUUUCCUCCCGCUCUACGCCUUGGUUGCGCCCGCGAUUGGUUUCUCGACAGAGUACGCCAACAUCGUCCCACGUUUGUGGUCAGAUUUUGUGUUCUACUUCGUCCUCUUGCUCGUGCCGAUCCUCUGUCUCACCCGAGACUUUGUGUGGAAAUAUUACAAGCGGACGUACCUGCCCGAGACGUACCACAUCGCGCAAGAGAUCCAGAAGUACAACAUUCCGGAUUAUCGUCCUAGGCAAGAACAGUUCCAGAAGGCGAUCAAGAAGGUGCGCGCGGUGCAGCGCAUGCGGCGGAAUCGUGGGUUCGCGUUCAGCCAGACGGAAAACGCGUCGCGUCAGGACCAGGCGCGGCUCAUACGAGCAUACGACACCACGAAGACAGGUGCGCGCCCGUCGGGCUAUUGA